AUGAAGUGGAACAAGGCGAUCAGCGGUGGUUCAAUGGCGGUGGCAGGUAUGCUACAACUACUUCUAACGGCCACAUUGAUUCAUGUAGCGAGUGGCAAAGUUACAGUUCAAAUCACCAACUUGAUCGGAUACAAUAACGUCAUGACGAUUGAGUGUCGAUCAUUAGACGAUGAUUUGGGGCAACACAUAUUAUCGUAUGGUCAAUCGAUAGGGUGGAAGUUUAAGCCUAACUUUUCAAAAACGACAUUGUUUUAUUGUAACGCGAGGUGGAAGGCAGACGUGAUGCUACAUGUCGAUUUCCAUGCAUACGAGUACAUGAGAGAUCACUAUGGUUGUGGCUCGGAUUGUCGAUGGCUGUUUACUAUCAACGGUGUUUAUGCGUAUGACUCGAAACAAGACUCUUGGGAUUUUAGGUUUUCUUGGUACUCUUAG